GCGUGGAGUGGAAACCGAAGCGGGCCCGGGGGCUAGUGGGGUGGGUGGUAUUUGUAGUGAGGUGCCCGCCCUCCCCACCACCCCGAUCGCCACAGGUUGGCCAGAGAGGAGCCCUUAAUCCCUGGCAGGCCUUGGGCGCUGGCUGUUAAACACCCCAGUCCACCGCCCCCGCUCCCUGCCUCCUGGGGUGGCCACUCAGCCAAGGACAGGGCCGCCUGCCCACCUGCCAGGCCUGGGUGCUGCCUGGCUGGCGCCGCUGCUGCCGGGGCGCACUCCACUGCCAGUCCAGCAUGCUGGGUGCCACGCUCCUGCUGCUGGCCCUGCUCCCCAGGAUCGCCUCCGUGCCCAGCGGGUCGCCUGCGCCUCCGUUCCCGGCGGCGCCCGGGCCCUGGCUGCGCCGACCCCUCUUCAGCCUGGAGCUGUCGGACGCGGAGGACGCCUUCCCGCGCCGCGCGGGGCCGCUCGAGGUCCCGGCCGACAGCCGCGUGUUCGUGCAGGCGGCCCUGGCCCGUCCCUCCCCGCGCUGGGGCCUGGUCCUGCACCGCUGCUCCGUGACGCCGUCCUCCCGCCCGGCCCCGGGGCCCGCCCUGCCGCUGCUGCGCGGGGGCUGCCCCGCCGACUCCUCGGUCGUCCUCCCGCCGCCGCCGCCGCCGCCGCCGCGCCCGGGCGCCGCCCGCCCCGUGCGCUUCAGCUUCCGCCUGCGCCCGGUCUUCAACGCCUCGGUGCAGUUCCUGCACUGCCAGCUGAGCCGCUGCCGCCGCCUCCGGGGAGCCCGCCGGACGCCCGCGCCUCUGACGCUGCCGCCGCCCCCCCCCUCCCCGCAGUGUCAGCCUCGGGACGAGGCGUGCGCGGGCGGCGGCAGCGGCGGCGGCGGCGGCAGCGGCGAGAGCCUGGGAGCCGCCGGCCCCCACCUGCACACGCUGACGCAGCCGAUCGUGGUCACCGUGCCGCGGCCGCCCCCCCGGCCACCCAAGGGCGUCCCCGGCCGAGCCGUGCGCCCCGAGCCUCCCGCCCAGGCCCCGGCGGCCCUGGAGCCCGCGCCCGUGGUGGCGCUGGUGUUGGCCGCCUUCGUGCUGGGCGCUGCGCUGGCCGCCGGGCUCGGCCUCGUCUGCGCGCGUUCAGCGCCCCCAGCCCCCGGCCCGGCCCCGAGGGACUCGCCCAGCGGCCCCCAGCCCAGGAGGCCCCAGUGAGCAGCUUUCAGACUGCUGGCGGCCAGGGAUGGGCCGCGAAGGGGGCGGCCUGCGUGGGGUCCUCUCCUCCGCUCAGCCCGGGGAGCCCCUCCCCAGGGAUGGAGACGCCAGCCACGGCCUCGAACCAGGCCCACCAGGACCCGACCGGCCGCGGUCGACCUCGGACCUGCUCCCUGAGCCCUCCCGCCCCGCCCCUCCUCGCACCCUCCCAGCCCGGGCUCCAAAUAAACAUCUGGUCCGACCCGCUGAGUUCUGAAGUCUGCGUGUGCGCUUGGCGCGGGUGUAGGGGGCAGGAAGCAGAUGGGGGCCAGGGGAGACCUAAGGGAGCUGUUCCCAAACAGACAGGCGCACCCAACCCCACCUGCUUGCGUCUGAACAAGCUCCGCUUCAUCCCCCCCCACCCCGCACCUGCCCACCCGCCUCCGGCGGUCUUCCCGGAGCCAGGCUUGGCUCUCCACCCCUGCCGCCUGGACCCUGGCCUCGCGAGGGCCUUGCCCAGUUCUGUCUAGGCUAGAGCUCUCCAAACGUCUCCUGUCCGAGUUCCUACCUCCCCUCGAGCGGGACCACUAGCUCCAUUUUACAAAUGGGGAAACUGAGGCUCGGCUCGGCCAGAUCACAUGCCCUAGGUCCUACGGGCGGCUCAACCCCAACAGCCCAGGCUCCGGCCAGGAUCCACCCCUUUUGGAGAAGCAACGCACACAGUAGGAGUCUCGCAAGACUCAGG